AUGCGGCGCUCCUCCAUCAUCGCGCUCGCGCUCGUCGCCACCACAACAGCCCUCGUGCCCAUCUCGCACCGGCCCGCGCUGCGGCGCCUGCGGUCCGCGACGCCGCGCACCUCCGCCGCACCCAGCUCCACGGCCCGCUUCGCCGCCCACGACGACGAGUCGCCCGAGGCCCUGCUCGCCCAGGCGAACGCGCUCCGCGCCGAGGCGCAGGCGCUCGAGUCGUCCAUCCGCGAGGAGCAGGAGGCGACGCUCCAGCAGGCGCUCGACGCGGCGUUCGCGGCGGCCGACGCGAACGGCGACGGCGUCGUCACCGUCGACGAGCUCCGCGCCGCGCUGCGCACGGCCUUCGUGGCCGAGGCGGCGGACGGGCGGAGCGCGCGCAAGUUCGAGGCCCUGCUCGACGACGGCGACCGCCUCGAGCGCGUCGUCGCGUCGCUCGACGACAACGGCGACGGCGUGCUCCAGCCGUCCGAGUUCGUGCCCCUCAAGGAGAUGCGCGCGCGCCUCGAGGCCCAGUGGCGCGAGGACCGGUCCGCGGCCUCCAAAAUCGCGUCAGCGAAGUCCGCCGAGGAGGACGUCGAGCGCACGCGGCGCGAGCGGCUCGACGCGUGGGAGGCGAUCUCGAACAAGACGGACGCGCCCGCGCGCGCGCUGGCCGUCGGCGCCUACUUCCUCCCGGCGCUCGACAUCCUCCCGCCGGCGCAGCCCGUCGACGACUUCAUGGCCUCCGUGCCCGUCGACGGGCUCCUCGGCGUCGGCGCGCCGGAGCCGUCCGCGGUCGCGGCCGCGGCGAACGGCGCGCUCCGCGCGCUCGACAAGGUCGACGUCGCCUUCCACGCCGUGCCCUUCGGGGGCCUGCUCGCCUUCAUCCUCCUGUCGAACCUGGCGUCGAACGCCGCCGCGCCGCGGUUGGCGAGGUUCGCGGCGCGCCACGCGAUCGUCAUCGACCUCGCGUCCGCGGUGGGCCUGCCGCUGCUCCUCGUCAACGACGCGUCGGCGCCCUACGCGCGGCCCCUCUUCGCGUCCAUCAUCCUCGUCUCCGUCGUCGCCUCGGCCCUCGGCGUCGAGCCGUCCUUCGCGCCGGGCACGGGCCAGCUCACGAAGAAGUUCACGGACGACUUCGAGGCCGUCGUCAAGCAGGUCAUCUCCGCGACCGUCGGCACGAACCCCGUCAACCUCGUCGAUCUCCAGGAGCCGCCGAAGGACGACGACAAAGACGAGAAACAAAAGUAA